AUGACAGCACAGAUCCGCAUCCUCUGUCUUUCUCCUCUGGCCCGGUCAUGUCUGACCCUGCUCCCCGUCUCUGGAUGUGAAUGUGACCCACGUUAUGCGGUGACGGACUGUACCAUGACCCAAACGGAAUACAAAUACAGCCUGCUCAGUUCAUCUUCCGAGGACUAUCGCAGGAGACCCCUCCUCCUGCAGGUGGACCAUUCUCCCAUGAGCCUCUUUGCCGUGCUGGAGGUGAAACGUGGUCCGACAUUAUGGCAGCGUUCGGGGACUCCGACCUGUCUCAGACGGGUCAAAAUCUACGGGAUGCUUCUCGGCCUGGUUCUGACCCUGUUCAUCAUGGCCUCCUACAUCCUCACCGGAGACCGGAGGAGUCUACUCCUCACCCCCUCUCCCUAUCAGUUUGAGCCUUCCGUCAACUUUGCUGCCUUACCUUUCAACCUGUCCUCGGCACGCGACUACGCCACCAUCAAACAGGUGGUGCGCAACAUUGCCUCCAAGCUGGAGUUCACCCCUCGGAAACUGCCGGACCUAAAGGCACUGGUCAGCAGUGAGCCACACCUGUUUUCGGUGAUCCCUCGAGAGUUUCUCCCCAACGUCAAAAACCCGUGCUGGUACGAGGAGUUCUCCGGCAAUAUAACCUCCAACCCUUACAGGACCAACUUGUACUUACACUACUCCAGGCACCUCCGCUCCAUGUUUGAGUAUCUCAGACACGCCUAUCGGGAACACUUGUUACUCCGCGGGGGGAAAUAUUACCGUAUGCGUUGCUUGCCCUACUUCUACAUUAUAGGACAGCCUAAGUGUGGCACCACAGACUUGUAUGACAGACUCAGGCAUCACCCAGAGAUCCGAUUCUCCACUUUCAAAGAGCCACACUGGUGGACAAGAAAGAGGUUCGGGAUAAUCCGCCCGAGUGAGGGCUUCCGUCAUCGUUACCCCGUGGAAGACUACUUGGACCUCUUCGAUCUGGCAGCAUACCAGAUUCAGGACCAUCUUAUGGCCAAUGGCUCUGAGAAUCCUCAUCAACACAGCAUCAUCACAGGAGAGGCCAGUGCAUCCACGCUGUGGGACAACAAUGCCUGGGUCUAUUUCUAUGACAACGCCACAGAGAUGGAGCCUCCUUUCCUAAUUCAAGACUUUGUCCACGCCCUCCAGCCUCAGGCCCGCUUCAUCGUCAUCUUGAGGGACCCUGUGGAGAGGCUGUACUCCGACUAUCUCUACUUCAGCGCUGCCAACAAAUCAGUGGAGGAUUUCCAUGAAAAGGUGUCAGAGUCUCUGCAGCUGCUGGAGGGCUGUCUGCAGGAAUACUCACUUCGCUCCUGUGUCUAUAACACCACCCUCAACAACGCCAUGCCUGUGCGCUUGCAGGUGGGGCUGUAUAUAGUGUACAUAUUGGAUUGGUUGUCAGUUUUUCCUCGUGAUCAGAUACUCAUUCUGAGGCUGGAGGACCACGCAUCAAAUCGAGAGAUCACCAUGCGCAAAAUCUUUGACUUCCUCACUUUGGCACCUCUAACCACUCAGCAGGAGGCGAAGAUAACCAAAAGUCCAGCUUCCAACACGCGGAGGUUGUCAGACAGAAAUUUGGGUCCUAUGUUACCUAUCACUAAGAACAUUCUGAGAGACUUUUACUCCCCUUUCAACCAGAAACUGGCCAAAGUGCUGAGAAAUGAUUCUUUUCUGUGGCUGGAUCAUUCCAAAUCCAGUUAA